UUAGUUUGACCUCCCUAAUCAGUUAAUUAAGUCCAUUGAAAAUAUUUAAUCGUUUAAUCGGGCGAUCACUGCUCAUUCUCUUUUUGUCUGCACUGCACUUUGCUGCUCCAGAUAAGACCAAGAUGCAGAAGCUCGUUGGAUUGCUGUUUUUCAUUGGGCUAGCAUGUGCCGCCACCGACUUUAUGCAACAUCUGCCCGGAUUACCCAACAUUGACGAUGUGGCUAAUUUGGAAGGCGCAGCCAAGGAAAAGUGCAUCCAGCAUGGUGGUGAAGACGCAUUUAAAACCUUGAAGAAACUCGCAGUCGAAUUGCAAAGCUUCAUCAUGCAAAACUUUGAGCCGGUCACUAUCAGGCAGGAACUCGAAGAGGCCCGCAAAACCGGAUCUAUGGACGACGUUUUUAAGAAAUACUGCGACCUGAGGCCCGAUUUCUUCAAGCACAGUCACAAAGUUAACGACGCCAUUGAAUCCUGCCUGUCCGAAGCCGAAAGGCCCGUCUUCAAGCUUGGCGUCAACGUGUCUGAGAGCUUAAUGGAAUUCGUCUGUGAGAAAGACGGAGAUCGUGUGGCCAUGUUUAUCGCCGAGAACGGAUUCGAGUGUAUCAAAUCCCAACAGGAUAAUUUGCAGAAGUGCUCCUCGGACAUUGUCAACAAGCACAAGCCGACCAACUUCAACGCCAUUCCGGCUCUCGCCAAGAUCACCAAGGAGCAGUGCACCGAGUACCAAUCCUUCCAAAAGUGCGUGGUCGACACUCUCGAGGGAUGUACCGAGAAGACACCGGCCAACAUUGUCGACGCCUUCUUCAAGUUUGUUUAUAAACUAAUUCAAUGCAAAAAUCUUUAAUUAUUGUACCGUUUCUCUUACAAGUAAAUUUAUGUCAUAACGUUAGCAGUAAAUGAUGAAUCUUA